AUGGAGACGUUCGUCUACCUCAAUCUCCUGUACUACGUGAGCACCCUCAUGCUUCACCGCGAGUACUUCCCCUUCCUGCCGACCCCGGAGUCGGAGCCACGGGGUCCAGUCGACCAGCCCAUGCUGGGGGCGCCCGCCCCCGAGGGCUGGUGGGACGACAGCUCCCGACUCCUCUUCGGCGCGGCAGAGCACAUCGCCGCCAUUCUACACGAGGCCUCCGAGUGUGGCGUGCAUCUCAUGACGCCCUUUGCCGGGUUCUGCGCAUUCUCAGCCGGCUACCUCAACCUCUACGUGGCGAAAUACCCCCGAAUGAACCUGGGCCGCAGCCCGCGAGCAAGCGACUGUCUCAAAAUGUGUCUCGACUACCUGGAAAAGUUUCGACUUGUCUGGAAAAUCGCCGACGGAUGGGGCGGCACGCGCAAGAUCAAAACGAUACACCAUGCAUCCGUGCUCUACGAGCGAGCAACCGAGGACCGGACACGAUACCAGGGGCGCACACGAGCAGACUUUGAUACUCUACACCAGUCUGUCCACGAGUUCCGUGUCGUGGAUAGAUCCGACGCGCAUACUCGGGAGAUUCGGGGCGCGGAGCGGCCCUCGGCGCAGGCGACUUGGCCGGUUCAAGGGCACGAGCACGAGCACGAGCACGAGCACGAGCUCGACACUAAUACCUUGUUGAACCAGCUUUUCGCGGAAGUCAGCAAUAACCUCGACGAGCAGGGGGCCUGGUCUCAAUGGUGGCCGGCGAUUGAUCAGGUGGAUCUUUAA